GGGGGUGGCAGGUAUAGAAACCGCAGCUGAGGCAGAAUUCACCGCCGCUGCUGUCAGGCGCGGAUAGUGUGCAUUACCCUGAGCUCUGCCUCCGUGCGUUCCUCCUCUGGUCCUGGGAGGGACCCAAGAACCCUGAGGGGCGAAGCGGCCUGGACACCUCUAUUUAGAGAGGAGGCAUGUCGCAGCCCCGGAUGGGGCCAGAGCGCGCGGGAACGGAGCUUGGCGACUGUGGGGAGCGCCCGGUGGAGGAGAGCAGGAGGGAGCACUGGCAGUUGCUGGGUAAUUUGAAGACUACUGUCGAGGGUUUAGUGUCAGCCAACAACCCCAAUGUCUGGUCCAAGUAUGGUGGCCUGGAACGACUUUGCAGGGACAUGCAGAGCAUCCUUUAUCAUGGGCUCAUCCAUGACCAGCAGGUGUGUUGCCACCAGACUGAUUACUGGCAGUUUGUGAAAGAUAUCCGCUGGCUUAGUCCCCACUCCGCCCUUCAUGUGGAAAAGUUCAUCAACUUGCAUGAGAGUGGCCAGAGCAGCACUGAUGGUGUGAGUGAACGUGUCAUUGCAGAGCUAUGGCUGCAGCAUAGCUUGCAGUGCCACUGUCUCUCAGCUCAGCUCCGACCUCUGCUUGGGGAUAGACAGUAUAUCAGAAAAUUCUACACAGAUACUGCUUUCCUGCUAAGUGAUGCCCACGUCACGGCCAUGCUCCAGUGCCUAGAAGCAGUGGAACAGAACAAUCCCCGCCUCCUGGCCCAGAUUGAUGCAUCUAUGUUUGCCAGAAAGCAUGAGAGCCCACUGCUGGUGACAAAGAGUCAGAGCCUGACUGCUCUGCCUGGUUCCACAUGCACCCCUCCAACCAGCUUUGCUCAGCAUUCCUACUUUGGGUCCUUCUCCAACCUCCACCAAUCCGUACCCAACCAUGGCCCAGAAAGAAGAUCUACUUCCUUUUCUCUCUCUGGCUCUUCCUGGAAAUCUCAAGAAAACAGGAGACAUGUCUCCCCAGCAGAAGAUCAGACCAUCCAAGCCCCUCUGCUACCAGUCUCUGCAUUAGCCAGGGAUUCCCCCUCAACACCAAAUGAGAUGACCUCUAGCACUCUGACCAGCCCUGUAGAAUCAUCCUGGGUCAGCAGCCAGAAUGACUCCCCAAGUGAUGUCAGUGAGGGGCCAGAGUACUUGGCCAUUGGCAACCUGGACUCUCGAGGCCGGACCUCCAGUUGUCAGAGUCACAGCAGCCAUACAGAGAGCAGCAGCUCCAAUUUGUUCUCCUCCAGCAGUUCCCAGAAGCCAGAUUCUGCUGCUUCUUCCCUAGUGGACCAAAAUGGAGGUGGGCAGAGCCAGCUGUCCAGUGUCCUUCGCAGGUCCAGCUUCUCAGAGGGCCAAACACUCACUGUCACCAGUGGAACAAAGAAGAGCCAUAUUCGCUCCCAUUCAGAUACCAACAUUGUCUCCAGAGGAACCCCAGGAGGCCCCAGGAAUAUCACCAUUAUAGUUGAAGAUCCUAUUGCAGAAUCCUGCAAUGAUAAGUCGAAGUUGAGAGGCCACUUGCCCUACUCUGGCCAAAGCAGUGAAGUCAGCAUACCCAGCUCCCCGUACAUGGAGUAUGAGGGUGGUCAGUACCUAUGCUCAGGUGAAGGCAUGUUCCGAAGACCAUCAGAAGGACAGUCCCUUAUCAGCUACCUGUCUGAGCAAGACUUCGGCAGCUGUGCAGACCUGGAAAAGGAAAAUGCCCACUUCAGCAUCUCCGAGUCCUUGAUAGCUGCCAUUGAAUUAAUGAAGUGCAACAUGAUGAGUCAGUGCCUAGAAGAGGAGGAAGAGGAGGGAGAAGACAGUGACAGGGAGAUCCAGGAACUGAAGCAGAAGAUCCGCCUUCGUCGCCAGCAGAUCCGCACCAAGAAUCUACUCCCUGUGUAUCAGGAGACUGAGCAUGGAAGCUUUCGAGUCACGUCCAGCAGCUCCCAGUUCAGUUCACGUGAUUCCGCACAGUUCUCUGACUCUGGCUCUGCUGAUGAGGUUGAUGAGUUUGAAAUCCAAGAUGGUAGCGAAGGAUCUAACCUGACUCACAUGUCAAAGAACGGACUCUCAGUGUCAAUGGCCUCGAUGUUUUCAGAUGAGGACAUCAGAAGGAGCACAGCCUCAAACAACAAAUCCUUGAUUUCCUCCCAGACCUUUUCCCACUGCUUCCUGCACUCCACAUCUGCUGAGGCAGUGGCCAUGGGGCUCCUGAAGCAAUUUGAAGGGAUGCAGCUCCCAGCCGCCUCAGAGCUAGAGUGGCUCGUUCCAGAGCAUGAUGCCCCUCAGAAGCUCCUGCCCAUCCCCGACUCACUACCCAUCUCACCAGAUGAUGGGCAGCACGCUGACAUCUACAAACUGCGUAUUCGUGUUCGUGGCAACCUGGAGUGGGCCCCACCCCGGCCUCAGAUAAUUUUUAAUGUUCAUCCAGCCCCAACGAGGAAGGUUGCUGUGGCCAAGCAGAAUUACCGCUGUGCAGGGUGUGGCAUCCGGACUGACCCUGAGUAUAUCAAGCGUCUGCGGUACUGUGAGUACUUGGGCAAGUACUUCUGUCAGUGUUGCCAUGAGAAUGCCCAGAUGGUUAUCCCCAGCCGGGUUCUGCGCAAGUGGGACUUCAGCAAAUACUAUGUCAGCAAUUUCUCCAAGGACCUGCUUAUUAAGAUCUGGAAUGACCCUCUCUUCAAUGUGCAGGACAUCAACAGUGCCCUCUAUAGGAAGGUCAAGCUACUCAAUCAAGUUCGACUGUUGCGGAUCCAGCUGUAUCACAUGAAGAACAUGUUCAAGACAUGCCGAUUGGCCAAAGACCUUCUGGAUUCCUUUGACGUAGUUCCAGGCCACUUGACAGAAGAUCUCCACCUGUACUCAUUGAAUGACCUGACUGCAACCAGGAAGGGGGAGCUGGGGCCCCGGCUUGCUGAGCUCACCAGGGCAGGGGCUGCCCACGUGGAGCGAUGCAUGCUCUGCCAAGCCAAGGGCUUCAUCUGUGAGUUCUGUCAGAAUGAGGAUGACAUCAUCUUCCCUUUUGAGCUCCAUAAGUGCCGGACCUGUGAAGAAUGUAAAGCAUGUUACCAUAAAGCUUGUUUCAAGUCUGGAAGCUGUCCCCGGUGUGAGCGGCUCCAGGCCCGGCGGGAGUUGCUGGCCAAGCAGAGCCUGGAGUCCUUCGUGUCGGACUGUGAGGAGGAACCCACUGAAGCUCUGGCCCUAGAGGCUGCUGUCCUGGAGACCACCUGAAAAAAGCACGUUAUACCCUUUCUCUAGGGGUUAGGGUCACAAAAUGCAGAGCUGAGCCGCCCGUAUAAGGACUUGCCCAUAUAAGGACUUGUUUUUUUAUUGUUAUUAUUUUUUGUUCAUGAUUUGUCUAAUGUCCAUAUGUAGCCAACUUUUGUUCAGUUGGUGGGGUCCAGUCUGUUGCGACAAUUUGCAGGUAGGCAUUUCCAUUAGAACUGACACAUGGUCCUUCUAGUGCCUCUGUUAAGGGAAUGGACAGUGAGACCCAAUUCUUCUGACAUCCUUGGCCUACUUCACUUAGACCAGAACUGGUUUCUGCUGCAUCUCAAGUAUCAUUCCCAGUUUUAUUUUGUUUUAGUUCUGGAGCUUCUGAGCCAAGCCUGUCUCAAACUACUCACUUCUCCUUUGCUGCUGAAACAGGAGGAUGGAGCUUUCUCUCUCCCAGUCCUGAAAUUGGGUCAGACUGUGCCCUAAGGAGAAGCAGCAGAGAAUGGGACUACAUUGUAGACAUUCUGUCCAGCUUAGGUGUUUUUGAGACCAUAAAGACAGCAUUAUUACUACCCUGGAAUCCACAGAGACCUCAAAGAGGCAGCCACGACUUUCUUGUUUGAAAUAUUCUAGGCAUGGAUGAUGUGACGCCUGACUUUCUUACCCCGGCACACUUGAAGCAAAGAGCAGAAGUAAUACUUAGGCCAGGCCCAUGUAUAGCCUCACACCAAGCAUCAGCGAGGCUACAGCUCUGUUGCUUAAGGAGAAUAUAUUCAGUCACAGGAGCUGUUGGUCUCCUCUUAGGUGAUAAGGUCCCUAAUCUGGUGUAGGUCUGAUGCCAUCCUCAACUGAGGACAGAAACCCCAUCAACCACUGUAUUUGUGGGUCUCUUGCCACUGUGUCCUCUGCUAGAUAGUCGUUGUGAUUCUGAGUAAAAGUAUGGCCCAACUCCAUUCUCUCUUUCCCCUUCCUGUAACAGAGCUGGGACCUUCCCUGGUGGCUGAUUUCUUGCCUUAGUUUUUUUGUCAAAGUUGGAGUAAAAACUUCUUGCUAUUAGUGGUAUUAGAGAACUUGACGAUUUAUAGAUGUGAGUGUGAAUGUAUUCUUAGGAUAACAAGAGCCUUUACGCCAGUUAUGCACUGAACUCUUUAGCCUGAUGAAGUCAUAUGUUCAUUCAUUCUUUUCACAUUAUUAAUUUUAACACACAUUUUUAAUGUGUCAUGUAUGGGAAAAGUUUUUGAUGGGACCGUGUAUAUGCUUGUGGUGUUCUUUAAGUUGCUGUAGCUUCUGACAGGUAUAUAAAACACUACCUGUAUGUAAAAUACAGCAACUUAAAGAACCUGCUCUGAGGACUGGCAGCUCUAUGAACUAAAACCCACAUUUUUGUUCUGGGACUGCAUCCUGUGUACCUCUCUUUCCAUACUUGCUUACUAGUAGAAAAAACUUGGCCUGUGUGCUGCCCUAGGAAGCUAAACAGAAAGUUGCACAUGGUUGGUGGAAGCUGAUUAAGUGCCUGAGCUGGAGGCAGGCAGGAGUCACACAGGAAGUAGAAGGGGCAGUAAGGUAACAGUCAGGUGUGAGGCUCCACCAGGGCAGGAGGGAGUAGGGAGGAACUGACUACUGGCAUUGGUCCUUCUGCCUCAGACUUAGGAUUUGAAGGCUGCAUCAGGCUGGAAAACCCUGAGAUUGUUCUCCUUUCAGUUCUUGGGGGAAUUUCUAAAAGCCAAGACCUCCAGCCUAGCCCUGUUUUGAAGGCCUGACCAGCAGUUUCCUUGUCCUUCAAGGACCUUGGGAAUGAUCCCAUAAACCUCAAGGCUCACCAAGCCCAAGAUUCUGAUUCAGAGAUGUGUAAAAAUGGUGAGCUCUACUUCCAGUUUCGGUUGAAAUGACAAAUCCAGUUCCUUACUUCAAGUCACUACACUGGAGGAGAGACAUCUUCUCAUUAUUGUCCCUCCUGUUUCACAUUAGCUUAGGAUCAAAGGAUGGAAAAUGCUGACACAGUUUCUAAAGCUGAGCUCUACAAUCUUACGUGCUCCUGGUUUUUCACUUAUGUUUCUUCACCUCCCCCACCCCAUCCCUUCAGGUUGCAUAUCUGUUUUAGUGACCCUGACACUCUGCUGUCAUCACUGUCCAAAUACCCAUUUAUUUAUUUAUUUGAGAGUAGGGGGAGAGAGGAUUGGGGGUGGGAUAUUUUGAAAGCACUUUGCAACUUAACAGUACCUGAAAACCCCUGCUGUUGUGGGGAGAAGCGUUGAAUGCACUGAAGAGAGUUGCUUCUGACUGAAUGCGGGAGAGCGUGUUCUUUUCUAUAAAUAAAGGGGAAGUUUUUUGCUUAUAAGGUGGAGACAAGAUUCAAGACAUAGUGGAAGAGUGGAAGGCAAAUAUUUUCUACUUGAAUGAGGCUGUAAUUGACUUUCUCUGCUAAGGCUUUAGAGCUUUACAUUAAAUUAACAUAAAAGGAACAAGAGUCUAAAUUGAGAUGGUCUAUGUGUAUACAACUCAUGUUCUGAACUGGAUUCCUACUUAAUGUAAUUCAUACACACAUAACAGCUCAUCGUAAUCUUUAAUAAACUAAGGAAAUGAAA